AUGGUGAAUAGCACCCUUUUUAAUACCGGAGUGAUUUCUCCAUUCCCGGACAAAAUUUCUAAUUUAACUUCACUCUCUAUUCUUGAGUUAGUUAAUGGUCAACUAGGUGGUUCACUUCCUUAUCUUCCUCAACUCACGGAGCUUGAUGUUAGUAGAAACUUUGAUCUCCAUCUUGAUAUAACUAAGAUGUUCAAACAUCAAUGGCCUAAACUAAACAAACUUUGGAUAGAGAACACUAUAGUUACCGGAUCAAUUGAGCACUUGGUUUCAAACGUGCCGUUAUUGGUUAGUUUUGAUGCUUCACACUGUUCAAUUCAAGGAGCUUUACCUUCUUCAUUAUCCAAUCUUUCUCAACUGAAGUAUCUUGAUCUCGGUCACAAUUCCAUAGCAGGUGAUAUUCCUACCUCGAUCUCCAAUCUAAAACACUUGUACCAUCUUAACUUGGAUAAUAAUAAUAUCCAAGGUCCAAUACCAUAUUCUAUGUGCGAGAUGACCGCCCUUGGAGUACUUCAUUUAGGUUAUAAUAAUCUAACAGGAACUAUACCAAGUUGCAUAAAAAAACUCCAUAAUCUUAGUAAGUUUAGGAUUAUAAACAGCUCCAUUGAAGGCCGCGUUUCUUUUAUCUCAUUGGUUAAUGAAUUAAGCUUAGCUGCUGUAGAUUUGAGUUCGAACAUGAACCUAACCGUAGUUAUAGAUCAACACUCAAACAAGCAUCCAAAUAGUAAACUAAAGAUGUUAAGGAUGACCUCAACCAAUCUCGAAGGAUCUCCUGAUUUCAUUUGUAACUUGCCUGGUCUUGUAUCACUUGAUUUGUCUCGUACGAACCUAACGGGAACCAUCCCUUCUUGUCUCCUCAAACUCAAAUAUCUCAAUGAAUUGCAUUUAGCAAACAACAAGCUUUCCGGGUCGAUCCCAUUUUCUAUAUAUCCCACACAAUCUGAUGGUGGUAUUCUUGAUCUGUCUGACAACAAACUAACCGGGAGUAUACGUACUAAUAUAAGGCGUGGGAGUACUCUUGCUUCUCUAAACCUUGGAAACAACAACCUCACUGGGAUAGUUCCAAAAGUGCUGGAAUUUGCAAAAAAACUGCAGAUUCUCUUAUUGAAUGAUAACCAUCUGGAGGGUACUAUCAAUUUCAUCAGCGGACUUCACAGCUUAGAAUAUCUCAACUUAGCUAAUAACAACUUUGAAGGUUAUAUUCCUACAAAAUUAGGAAACUUGAGUGGAUUAACAAUAAGCAAUUCUUGUUUUUCGUUCUUCGAUGUUGGAAAUAAUCAACUGUCAUUGCUUGUCAAAGGGAACUUGGUACAGCUUAAGAGAUUCUACGACUAUAGCUCUGUGGUCGAUCUAUCAUGCAACGCUCUUGACGGAAACAUUCCAAAAGAGAUUGUUUUGGUGAAAGCAUUGUCUUCACUUAACUUGUCCCAUAAUCAUUUCUCAGAUGAUAUCCCAGAAAACAUUGGAGACUUGUCUGCCCUAGAGUCUUUGGAUUUAAGUUCUAAUAGAUUGUCCGGAAAUAUUCCACAAUCUUUGACAACAGUUGAUACUCUUGGGGUUUUGAACUUUUCUUAUAAUAAUUUGAGUGGCACGAUUCCAAGAGGAACUCACUUUGAUACACUGUGUUUGGAUGGUUUGGCUUUCAUAGGGAACGAUCUAUUGUGUGGUUUUCCUACAGAAAAUUUUUGCAAGGGUGAUCAUAAUAUAAAUACAACUACUGCUAACACUUCAAAUAAAGUUGAUGAAAAUGAUCAAGAUGAUUUUGAGGAUAAGUUAUUGCUGUAUGCUAUUAUUGCAUUGGGAUUUGGUGUUGGAUUUUGGGGUCUGUUUCUUGUUUUACUCCUGAAGAAAGAGAAAUGGUGGUUUCCGUAUUGGAGGAUUGUUAAUCAUAUUGCUAUUACGGUAACAGAUUAUAUUCAGUAUCAGUGA